AUUUCUAUCUACAACACACAAUAAUGAAUUCGUGAAAUAAAACCCGAGCGUGAGAUUAUUUGUGAACAAAGCGACCAUGGAGAAUAUGUCUGAACCGAAGCCGUCUUAUAGCUCAAACCGUGUUUUUGAGUACGUUAGUAACUGCACCGUCGGAAAACCAAACCUUGACUGGAGCGACUGCCAAGCGACAGGCUGAGAGGACUCACAAAGUUUGAUUAUGGUAUCAUUCACCAUUUCCACACAUCAUCAUCUGCUGCUGCUGCUGUAUCAGUGCGGUUUGCAUCUGUUCAUGCAGUCGUCCAUCGUGAAGAUCAGACUCCGUCUGUGGCAGGUCAUCCAGAGAGUGCUGCACUUCUGUGCGAGUGUGACCGAGCUUUUCAGCCUUUCAGAGAUUUUCUUCUUCAUGUGUGUGGGAAAAAACACGACCAUGACCGGCGAGUUGAAGAAGAGCGGCCUGGAGGCCUUGGAGAGGCCCGGAGGAGAGAUCGGGGAUGGAGCUUCAGAAAUAAAGGAUCCAGGGGUUAUUAUUAUGGAGCUUGAUGAUGAGCGGGAUUCCUCAGCGAUUGAUUGGGAUGAAGAGGACGAUGAUGAAGCCAGGCUCUCUGAACGGGAGUCUGAUGAUGAUGAGGACUGUGAGACGGAGGAGGAGGACUCUGAAUGGUCAGAUGAGGAGGAUGAGGAUGAGGAAGCUGACUCUGAGGCGUCAGCGGAGAGUCUUGAGCUUUGGGAAUCGUUCCUGAACAGCGGUGACCCUUACAACCCUCUGAGCUUCUGCUCGUCCAUCAGCUCCAGAACGAACACUGAGCAGUGCUCACAGAUCAAAACUCAACCUGACACAAGACCAGAGGAGUGUGAGCCCAAACCAAAGGAGCGAGGCGCCAAGGUGUGUUUCAGUGAUCAGGUGACAGUGCGCCCCCUGCUGGCCUGGGGUUUCGCGAACAGGGCCGCGAGGGACGGCUCCUGUUGGAUGCAGAUGGCCAGAGACCGAGAGCGUUUCAGAAGAAGAGCGGAGGGCAUCGAGACGCUCUUGAAGCCCUGCCUCACAGCUGAACACAGAGCCGGCGUGUGGGAGACACUCCAGAGAUAAUACUUCAUCCUCCAGCUCAAUGUAGGAUCAUCAGAAUCUAGCCGAUUUGUAAAAACCGAAUUUUUUUUUACUGUGUAAUUUAUAUUGUUCAAAUAUUGUGGUGCACUUUAUUUCUGUGGAUUGACUUUAUUGGGGUUUCAUUUUAUGUUCUGCACAUUAUUAUGACACACUGAAUAUUUUAUAUGGCAGCUGAAAAAUAUUAAACUUUUCUGACAUUUAUUCUGUGUUGUUUGUGAGUAAAACUUUUCAUCAGUUAAACUUGAUUUUUUUUAGUUGUGAAAACCCAAUGUUAUAAUUUAUAUUGUUAAAAUAUAGUGAUGGACUUUAUUUCUGUGUCUUUGACUUUAUUGGUGUUUAAUUUUAUGUUCUGCACAUUAUUAUGAAACAUUGAAUAUUUUAUAUGGCAGCUGAAAUCUUAAUGUCGCA